AUGUCCGGCGUUACUGAAAAGGCACGCAUUGCCUCUUUUGGCGGCAAGCUCCUCAAGCUGAGCCACAAUGCUUCUACCACCCGUUGCGAAAUGUCUUUCAACUUGUAUCUCCCUCCGGGGGCUGUGGACAGCAAUGCAUCCAGCAAGGUCCCUGUGCUGAUUUAUCUGUCUGGUCUGACCUGUACCGCCGACAAUUGCUCCGAGAAGGGCUUCUUCCAGCAUGCGGCCAGCAAGAAGGGAAUUGCGGUGCUGUAUCCGGAUACCAGCCCUCGGGGUUUGAACAUUGCUGGCGAGGACGACUCGUAUGACUUUGGAUCCGGCGCUGGCUUCUACGUUGAUGCGACCAAGGCCCCUUAUGACCAGGGAUACAACAUGUACAGCUAUGUCACUGAAGAGCUGCCUCAGACUGUCUUCAAGGCGUUUCCGCAAUUGGACUCCAGCCGCGUGAGCAUUACCGGUCAUAGUAUGGGUGGACACGGUGCUCUCACACUGUUCCUGCGCAACCCGGGCAAGUACAAGUCUGUCUCGGCAUUCGCUCCAAUCUCCAACCCGAUCAACUGUCCCUGGGGUCAAAAGGCGUUCAAGGGAUACUUUGGCGAAGACCAGCAGGAAAAGUGGAAGGAGCAUGAUGCGACAGAGUUGGUAAAGAAGUGGAACGGUCCAGAGUUGGAUAUUCUCAUUGAUGUGGGCACCGGCGACAACUUUUACAAACAAGGCCAACUACUCCCCGAGAACCUCCAAGCCGCCGCCGCCGAGGCCGGCCACAAGGGCGUAAAUGUUCGAUUCCAGCCAGACUACGACCACUCUUAUUACACCAUGGCCACCUUUGCAGAUGACCAUGUGGAACAUGCUGCCAAGUAUUUGAAAUAG